GAGACUGUAACCAGCUGUAAGUUUAUUCACUUUUUUGUUUACCUUUGUUGUUAAUUCUUUCGCAUUUUUGAGAAACUUAUUUAAGUUUUUUAUAAAUAUAAAUGAAGUUCAUUAUUAUACAAAUAAAAUGAAGUGCUUUGAUUGCUUCAACAAAUAAAAAAAAAAUUUUGUUUUGAAUUUUGCAAUAACAUUCAUAAUUUCUAUCGAAAAAUGGAAUUACGCGAAAGAUUUUCUUUGCUUUUGCUGGAUCCUGGCGAAAUAUACUUUGAAGAUUAUGCAGUAGAUUACUUGUCCAAUGACGACACUAAGCUUGGGAAUAACGUUGAAGCACUUAUUGGCUCAUUGAAAGUGUGCUCAAAAUCUUUAGUUUUUGAACCAAGAAAUAUAAAAUUACCUUUAAUUAAAUUACGUUAUGCCGAUUGUUAUGAAAUAUCCAAAUAUGCAAACAUGUCCAAUAGAGAAAAUUUACUGUCUGAUCAAGACAAUUGCAUGACAGUUGGAUCUACGCAAUGUAUUGAAAUGCUUGAUAAAAAUAUAAUUUCUCCAUAUGAAGUUAAUAAGAAAAACAAAAUUUUCAACUUUAAGUUUCUCUACACUAAUAUUGAUGAUAUAUUGCCCUUUUGUCAGCAAUUGCAUCGUGCAGCAUCAUUAAGCGUCUCAGAACAAAAUGGAAUGAUUUCAUUGAUAGCUUUUUCCUUUCACAAUCGAAAGAAAUUUAAUCCAUUGUGGUUGGGAAACAUUUAUGAAAAAAAACUGUAUGAUUGCAAAGUUGAUGAAGUUCGACCUCUUGUUUUGAAUCCUGGUAGACUGUUAUUAACGAAUUCUUGCAUAUAUUUUCAACCUUUCAAUAAUAUAUUUCCUUAUCCUGUGUUAAAAAUAAAAUUAUCGGAAAUUACAGGAUUAGUUAAAAGAAGAUUUUUGCUUCGGCAAAUAGGUCUGGAGAUUAAAUGGAAGGACAAAAAUUUGUAUGUAUCAUUCAAAAAUCCAUCAGAAAGCAAAGAAUUUUGUGAACUGGCUGAAAGACAAUCAGAAUUCAAUUUACCUCAAGUUAAACAAGAAAGUAUGACAUUGAAAUGGCAAAAUCGUUUGAUUACAAACUACGAAUAUUUACUUUACCUAAAUAGCUUAGCUGAUAGAACAUUUGAAGAUUUAACGCAGUAUCCGGUUUUCCCGUGGGUGUUAACUGACUACACUUCUCUGUCAAUUGAUUUACAGAAUGAAAAUAUAUAUAGGGAUUUAAAAAAACCAAUCGGAGCUUUAAAUCCAGAAAGAUUGGAUAGAUUAAAAGAGCGCGCGCUUGAAAUGGAUGAACCGAAAUAUCUAUAUGGUUCUCAUUAUUCUAACCCUGGCUUUGUUUUAUUUUACCUAGUACGAAAAGUGCCACAUUUGAUGUUGUGCUUACAAAAUGGUAAAUUUGAUUGCCCAAAUAGAAUGUUCAACAAAGUGUCAGAUUCGUUCAAUAAUUGUUUAAAUAAUAUGGCGGAUUUCAAAGAACUAAUUCCGGAAUUUUAUGAUACAAAUAGCAAAGGUGAAUUUUUACAAAAUACAAAAAAAAUUAAUUUUGGUUGCCGCAGUGAUGGAUCUGCGGUUAAUGAUGUUAUUUUACCACCGUGGGCAGACAAUUCUCCAAAAAAGUUUAUUUCAAUAUUGAGAGAAGCUUUAGAAUCCGAAUAUGUGUCAGCUAAUCUUCAUCAUUGGAUAGAUUUAAUUUUUGGAUAUAAACAAAGAGGAACUGAAGCAUGGAAAGCAGAUAAUGUUUUCCAUUACAACUGUUAUGAAGGUUCUGUAGAUCUGGAUAAGAUAAAGGAUAUUUCAGAAAGGCAUGCAUUAGAGGUUCAGAUAUAUGAGUUCGGUCAAAUUCCAAAACAACUUUUUAAAACGCCUCAUGUAUCCAGAAACGUAACUACGGUUUUACCGCCACGCAGUCCAAUAAACAAUCCAAAUAUAGGUUCUAUAAAACAUUAUAAAUUUGAAUUGAAAGGGUCUUAUGCAGCUCAUAAAGAUGAAAUUACGUCGAUUUAUGCCGAUGAUGAUAAAAUUUGGUCAACUGGAAAAGACGGUAUUUUAAAAUGUUAUUCCAUACUGGAAAAGAGACAAACCAGGAGUAUAUCUAUCGGAAGCUUGGCUUUAAGUUCUUGUGUUAAUAUUCCGCUUAAAAACACUAUAAUUGUAGGAUCAUGGGAUAACUCAAUAUUUUUUUAUGACAACACAUUUGGUAGUAUAUCUAAGGAAGUGGAAGCGCACUUCGAUUCUGUUUCUUGCUUAACUCUUGAAAAGGAUUUGCUCCUAUUAAUUUCCGGUAGUUGGGAUUGUAGUGUAAAAAUAUGGCGAAUCUCUAAUUUAUCACAUAUUGGUUCUUUUGAAUUCAAUGAUCGUAUUAUAUGUUUAGAUCAUCGAAGAACUAAUGAGUUACUUCAAAUUGCGAUUGGAACUGAAGUUGGAGAUAUUUUUCUUUGGGACCUGAAAUUAAUUGAUAUAGAUAAUGACUGUAUCUGUACCGAACCAAAAUUGUUCAUAAAACAUUCAGAUGAAGUAAAAUGCCUUAAAUUUAAUAAAUCAUUAACAAAAUUAGGUUCGUGCUAUAGUAACGGUAUGAUUAUGGUAAAUGAUAUUGAAACCGGAAUGGAAGUGUUUUCAACGAUAUUAAAUAAUACACCAAACUGGCUGUGUUGGCAUGGUGAUUUAGAUGUAUUGAUGUGUGUCAAUGAUAGUGGUACCAUUUUUAUAUGGAAUUUACUUACAGGCGAACUUGAUUACAAUGUAGCAAUUUCAAGUGGUCCUCUAUCUUACAUAAAUUACUCCGAAGUAAAUAAUUAUGUGCUGACGGGUGGUAAAGAUGGAAAUGAAUACAGAAUAAAGUAUUGGUCCUUUGUUUAAUUUUAAUAUUUAAGGAAUUCAAAAAUAAGUUGAAAUAUUUGAUAUGUGUUAAUCUCGAAUUUAUAGCUAGAAUUUUUGUAAUUUAGUAAAAAUAUAUAAUAUUUAAAUAUGUA